ACCUCUGUUCCGCUCAGCCGGCACGAGCAAGUUCCAUACAUGCGGUAGCGAGCUCUUCAUUCAAACUGAGACGAUUCUGGAUUCAAAAAGACGACAUUUUUCUCAUCGAAUCGGAUAGUUUUUUUGGACAUAGUCACUUCAUUGUGUCGUAGGCAGCUUUUAAGACGUUACAUUUCAUAAUUCUUGUGUUUAUUCAUUAUUCCCGCGCGCGCUAUUCUAACGUUACUGUCCGUGCGCGCGCUAAGUUAAUUAGCUUACUGGCUAGCAACUCUAUUCUUCCCAGGACUUAAUUCUGCAACGUGUGAAUGUACCCCUGCUCAUCUGCAGUUACAUUUGCACCAUGGCAGUCUGCUCACUCUGCUUGAUAGCUCAGCUCCAAAGCAAAAUCAACAGAUCUAGUAUAAUUACAGGAUAGCAAUAAGCCCACACUUUACCUCUGUUUACCUUAAUUGUUUUCUGGUCUGUGCCAGGUAAACACCUUACAAAGUUUGCACUGCUAAAUCCUUUAAAUCCUGUUAAAACAGGUGGGGAAAAAUAAGUUAUUUAUUUUACCAUUUACCUCUUAAUUUCACUAACUGCUGUUUAGAUCAUUAUAUAAUUAACUACUUUGUCAGGCAUUCAUUCCCUUUAAGAUUGUGAAGCAAGUUUUCAAUAGAUAACAAUCAUGGUUUCAACAACUGCAACUGCAAUAAUACUGACCGGCACAGUAGGGAUGGUGGCACAGGGUCCUCUAACGGACUAUCUGUGGCUCCUAGUUGUUGGCUUCAUCAUAGCCUUCAUCUUAGCCUUUUCCGUUGGUGCAAAUGAUGUUGCCAACUCAUUUGGCACAGCUGUGGGCUCUGGUGUGGUUACCUUGCGACAGGCUUGCAUUCUGGCCACAGUGUUUGAGACUCUGGGCUCGGUGCUGCUUGGGGCUAAAGUGAGCGAAACCAUCCGCAAAGGAAUUAUCGACGUCAGCAUGUACAAUGGCUCUGAGCAGGUGUUGAUGGCCGGAUCCAUCAGUGCCAUGUUUGGUUCUGCUGUGUGGCAGCUGGCUGCCUCCUUCCUUAAGCUUCCCAUCUCUGGUACACACUGCAUUGUUGGUGCUACUAUUGGCUUCUCUCUGGUAGCCAGAGGCCAGCAGGGAGUCAGGUGGUUUGAACUUCUCCGUAUCGUUGGUUCCUGGUUCCUGAGUCCCCUCUUGUCUGGAAUAAUGUCAGGGAUUGUAUUCUACUUUGUGCGCAUGUUCAUCUUACAAAAGAAAGACCCCGUGCCUAAUGGAUUGAAGGCCCUGCCUGUCUUCUAUGCCAUAACCAUGGGAAUCAACCUGUUCUCCAUCAUGUUCACUGGCGCUCCGAUGCUUGGAUUUGACAAGAUUCCUUGGUGGGGUGUCCUGCUCAUCUCACUCGGUCUCUCUGUGUUGACCGCCAUUGUGGUCUGGUUCUUUGUCUGCCCUCACCUCAAGAAGAAGAUUGAAGGAGAUAUCAAGUCUGCUAGCCCCUCUGAGAGCCCCCUGAUGGAGAAGAGAGAGCUGAAAGAGGCCCACUGUCCAAUCCUGAAACAGACCUCCAAGGAGACAGACACACCAGGCACGCCAGCCGUCAAUCAGAACCAGCCUGCUCAGCCCCCGGCUGCCCCUGAGGAGCGCAGGGUGGCGUUUGACAUUGGAGACUCUGACGAUGUUGAGAACAACAAGGAACGUAAGGUGGCAUUUGACAUCGGCGAUUCUGACGACACAGAGAACAGCAAUUCAAAUGGAGUCCCCAAACAAGUUCAGUCAAACAAUCUGUGCAACAACCAGCAAAGCAAUGGCUCCGCAACUUCCCCCAAUCAGGUCCAGUUCAACAACCAGGUCCAGUUCAACAACCGGCCUGCACAGAUGCCCAGUAACGGUUACAGCCAGUACCACACGGUCCACAAAGAUUCCGGCCUCUACAAAGACCUCCUACACAAGCUCCACCUGGCCAAAGUUGGGGACUGCAUGGGUGAGGGGAACGACAGACCCAUUCGCCGCAACAACAGCUACACCUCCUACACCAUGGCCAUCAUUGGUAUGCAUGGAGACUUUAAGCACAAAGACACAGACUUCCGUGCCAGUGAGGAUGGCGAUAAGGGUCCAGGGUCAGGUGGUCAAGAAAAGAAGCGCGUGCGUAUGGACAGUUACACCAGCUACUGCAAUGCUGUGGCUGAGCACACCACCCCUGAAGGUCUGGGAGAGGGCGAUGUGGCUCUAGACAUCGGGCAGGAAGACGCAGGUAGCAGCCAGAGUUCUCUAGAUGAUGACGGCCUUGAAGCUGACAAACCAGAAGUAUCUACGCUCUUCCAGUUCCUCCAGAUUCUUACUGCCUGCUUUGGAUCCUUUGCCCAUGGAGGAAACGACGUCAGCAAUGCCAUUGGACCGUUGGUAGCUCUGUGGUUGGUGUACCAAACGAGUAGCGUGACUACAAACGCACCCACGCCCAUCUGGCUGCUGCUGUACGGUGGUGUUGGCAUCUGUGCUGGGCUCUGGGUUUGGGGACGCAGAGUGAUCCAGACUAUGGGCAAGGACCUCACCCCCAUCACUCCCUCAAGUGGUUUCAGCAUCGAGCUGGCAUCAGCCUUGACUGUCGUGGUCGCCUCCAACAUUGGCCUGCCUGUUUCCACUACCCACUGCAAGGUGGGCUCUGUGGUUGCAGUAGGAUGGCUGCGUUCCAGAAAGGCUGUGGACUGGCGCCUGUUCAGAAACAUCUUCAUGGCUUGGUUCGUGACUGUGCCCAUCUCUGGCCUGAUCAGCGCCGCCAUCAUGGCAGUCUUCCUCUAUGGCAUCCUGUGAGCGUUCGGCUGCACCCCGCCAAGGGGGGAGGAGAAAGAAACCGCUCCAGUGCGCACCAGGAGACGAGGAGUAAAGUCAGAUGGUCGAAAUAUAUUGCUUACCUCAAGCCAACAACAUUGGAAGAAAAGGCAAAAAAAAACGAAGUUUGACAUGAGUUGUGAUAUGGGCCUGUGGUUCUUGGCUGCAUCAUUUUCAACAUAGAAUUUGCUGUUUGUUCCAGUUGGGCCACUUCACUUACAGUGGGGAAUUUGCAUUUCUUUGUUCUGACUUGCUUUUUUAUAUCAUUCUGUAAAGAGUUAAUCAAAAAGCAUCAACUGAUUUUUUUUCUACUAUUCAUUCUUCCAUUGUUUUUUACUUUGCAAUUAUGUAUAUACAACAUGCUGUUUUAAUUUUGUUUUACAUGUUAGUAAGAAAUGAACAAUUAAAAUGCAGUAUUAGCCUUUUACUGAUGUAACUCUAGUCAUAACACAUGCUCAAAAUAAUGUAGUUGCAAAGGAGUAUUUUUAGGUUAAAAAAGUGUGUUUGUGUGUAUUCCCCCCAGAAAUCAAGUAUUUGUUAUAAAUUACCUAUUUUUCA